AUGGGGAAUAAACCAGGAAUUUCAGCUGUUCAAGUAAAUCUGAUGGUAUACCACCAAAUUAAACUUCAUGCAUAUUUCAAAGCUUGCCAGGUCAGUCUUCAGGUGGAGGAGGCAGAAGAGCAUGCACAGGUGCAUGGACAGCUGCUGAGUGUCCCAUGGCAGAGGCCAGCUACAGACAGGUCAGCCCAGGUGGACACUCAGAUUGGGCAUCGGCCUUUUGGGAGUGGCUUAGCAUUUUUAUGUAUUUCUUUUCUGAAUCCUCAGAGCCAGUCUUAUACCUUCUCAGAAGGCAGUCAACAGCUGCCCAAAGGGGACACCCACUCCUCAGCAGCCGAGCAGCCUCUCACCCACCCACGAUGCAGUGGAGAGCCAGGGGCUCAACAGCCUGCCAAAGCGAGAAGUCAUGAGGGUUUUAAUGUGGACCGAGAUGCAAAAAAACUGAACAAAGCCUGCAAAGGAAUGGGAACUGAUGAUUCAGCCAUCAUUGAAAUCUUAUCAAGCCGGACAUCAAAUGAGAGACAGCAAAUAAAGCAAAAGUACAAGGCAACAUAUGGCAAGGAUCUGGAGAAGGUGCUCAAGGGUGAGCUGAGUGGAAACUUUAAGAAAGCAGCCUUGGCACUUCUGGACCAGCCCAGCGAGUAUGAUGCCCGGAAGCUUAAUAAGGCCAUGAAGGGUCUAGGUACUGAUGAGAUGGUGCUCAUCGAGAUCUUGUGCACAAGAACCAAUAAGGAAAUCAUCACCAUUCAAGAGGCCUACCAGAGGCUAUUUGACAAGAGCCUUGAAUCAGACAUCAAAGAUGAUACAAGUGGAAACCUGAAAAAAAUUCUAGUGUCUCUGAUGCAGGCUAACCGUGAUGAAGGCAAUGAGGUGGACAAAGACUUAGCUGCCCAGGAUGCCAAAGAUCUGUAUGACGCAGGAGAAGGCCGCUGGGGCACUGAUGAGCUUGCUUUCAAUGAAGUCCUGGCUAAGAGGAACUACAAACAGUUACAAGCCACCUUUGAAGCCUAUCAAGUUCUCAUUGGCAAAGACUUGGAAGAGGCCAUUGAAGAAGAAACAUCAGGCUACCUGCAGAAGGCCUAUUUAACAAUCGUGAGGUGUGCCCGGGACCGAGAAGGCUAUUUUGCUGACCGUCUGUACAAGUCCAUGAAGGGUGCAGGGACCGAUGAGAAGACUUUGAUUCACAUUAUUGUGACAAGAGCUGAGGUGGACCUUCUGGGGAUAAAAGCAAAGUUCCAAGAGAAGUAUCAGAAGUCUCUCGCUGACAUGGUUCGCUCAGACACCUCUGGGGACUUCCAGAAACUACUCUUGGCCCUCUUGCACUGAACCAAGUUGGAGCAGUAAGAACAUGGGGAGAAGCAUCUUCAUCAAGAGCCAAUUCCAAGCCAGAUUUACAAGUGUACCUCUGGAACAAAAAUUCCACACAAAUCGUGAUUUAUUUUCUUGGUGGUUUAAGUAGUGCAGCGGUUAUGCUAUGUAAGUUAAAGGCAGUGCACAAGAUGCUUGGACAUAACAUGCAGAAUGCUGUUUUAAUAAGUACCUGGGAGGAUGCCUUUUAGUUUUCCUUUAGCAUGAUAACUUAAUACAUCAGAAUACAUUCCGAGUACCAAUGAAGCUUGAAAUUGAUAAAAAGAAAGUGAUGCACUUGUAAUAAAAUAUUUAGAAGAGUAUAUACUUCACAGAGAUGUUUAUGUUCUAGAGGUAGAUUAAAUAGUUAAAAUUCUGUCUUCCCUAAGACAGAAUUUGCUAAUAAAUUACUGUUCCUCCUGUGUGUUCAAUUUCAGAGCUUCGUUGUUAAUUAAAGUUAUGUGUUAUA